AUGGCAAGAAGGCCCCGAGUACAAAAUGUCUGCCUCUUCAUCGUCCUUAAACUGCCACUUGAGGUCUGGGUACCCAGCAUCCGUAUAGAGGCCUCUUUGGCGAUUUCCCUGGCCUUUCACGAGCAAGAAUGCCAAAGCAUGGACGAGAUGGACGUGGACUUGGAUCGGAACACCAUUGGCUCCAUAGAUUCAUAUGCCCCUCAAGACCGCGCGGGAGGCGGCGGACGUGCCUCGGUUGACGAGCUAUAUUCGGUCGUUGGAGACUGCGGGGCAGACCAUCUCGUCGGGGAUCAGUUCGACGAAGACGCCGGGGUCGCCGCGCCGAGCUAUUCCGCCUGCUAUUCCGAAUAUUGCGCCUUCAAGGAGGUUGCGAGACAUCAGAGUAGAGAAGUGGUGAGCCUCGAGAGCUUCUCAAUGAGAAUCCAGAGAUGGGAGAAAGGCAGAGACCAAAGGAAGAAUCCAUCUAUGGAGACAAAGCAGCUACAAUGUCUGGCGGCGACGGACCUGCGGAUUUGA